UUUAAUUAGGUCCCAGCUAAUAAUCUAUGCCGACUGAAUCCCAAAUCAAUUAUAUAACAACUCUAUAUAAUAUAAUAGCUGUUAUUAGUCUCUCACUGCUUUACUUACCGGCCUUCCGUGGACACGAGCAUGAAGGAAAUAUGGAGGCUACUGUUCGUACUCUUUCUUGGACAGCUGAUUUCUCUAUUCCUUGCAGCAUCUAUUUUCACCUCUUCUUUGAUAGCAAAUCUUGGUGCUGAUGCUCCUCUAGCUCAAUCUUUCUUCACAUACCUCUCUCUUACACUCGUCUACGGAUCUAUCCUCCUUUAUCGGCGGCAGAAGCUACGAGUUCCUUGGUAUUGGUACACUGGCCUGGCGAUUGUUGACGUACAGGGAAACUUCCUUGUUGUUAAGGCGUACCAGUAUUCAUCAAUCACCAGCGUGGCGUUGCUAGAUUGUUGGACUAUACCGUGGGUCAUAAUCCUGACCUGGAUAGCAAUGGGGACGAGGUAUUCCCUGGGGCAGUUUUUGGGUGCUGGCACUUGCGUGGCGGGCCUUUUACUGUUCGUACUCUUUCUUGGACAACUGAUUUCUCUAUUCCUUGCAGCAUCUAGUUUCACCUCUUCUUUGAUAGCAAAUCUUGGUGCUGACGCUCCUCUAGCUCAAUCUUUCUUCACAUACCUCUCUCUCACACUCGUCUACGGAUCUAUCCUCCUUUAUCGGCGGCAGAAGCUACGAGUUCCUUGGUAUUGGUACACUGGCCUGGCGAUUGUUGACGUACAGGGAAACUUCCUUGUUGUUAAGGCGUACCAGUAUUCAUCAAUCACCAGCGUGGCGUUGCUAGAUUGUUGGACUAUACCGUGGGUCAUAAUCCUGACCUGGAUAGCAAUGGGGACGAGGUAUUCCCUGGGGCAGUUUCUGGGUGCUGGCACUUGCGUGGCGGGCCUUGCUUUAGUGCUCUUCUCAGAUGCAGGGGCCUCUGGAGAAGGUGGAAAGAAACCUCUGCUCGGUGAUACACUCGUUAUUGCAGGGACGUUAUGUUAUGCAUUCAGCAAUGUUGGAGAGGAAUUCUGCGUAAAAAAGAAAGAUCGAGUUGAAGUCAUCGCAAUGCUUGGGGUUUUUGGGCUGUUGGUCUGCGCAACUGAGAUAGCUAUUUUUGAGAGAAAAAAUCUCCAAGAGGUGAAGUGGUCGCCCACGAUGAUAUCACUGUUUGCAGGUUUUGCUGCAGCAUCGUUUCUUUUCUAUAGUGUCUUUCCUUUUCUCCUAAAGAUGAGUGGAGCCACUUUGUUCAAUCUCUCCCUUCUAACGUCCGACAUGUGGGCAGUGCUCAUCCGCAUCUUCUUUUACCGUCAACAGGUGGAUUGGUUAUACUUUCUAGCAUUUGGUGUCGUUGCCAUUGGGCUGAUUAUCUAUUCAGUAAACGAGGCCGGGAUAGAAGGUGCAAAAGAUGAUGAAGGUGAAGAAGCAGCCGUCCAAUACGAACAACUCACUGAAGAAAAUUCAACAACACCGCUAUUGUGAGCAGUGGAAAACUUAUAUCAACUCUAUCCAUACGGCAAUUCGAUGCUGAUGUUGAAGUUUCAUCAUAUGUGAUGUAACAAGUUCGUCCAAGAAGCUAAUUAAAAAUUGUUGAUGAAAA